AAUCAAGGCGUAUAAAUGAGCACAUGCGAUGGGAAGUUCUGCGAGGGAUCGGUGUCGGUUACAGUAACGGUUUCCUUCGCGGGUCCGUUAACUCGAUCGCUGGAUCGCGCGGGGGUAAAAAGAGAGAGAAAGGGGGAAAUCGAAUGGCUGGCUGUUAUUCCUCUCCUCGUUUGUGGAGAGGAGAGCGUUUCCCCUCCUCCUCCUCCGCUUCGUCCUCUCGAUCUCGCUGCCACCUUGCCUGGCCUCUGUGCCACCCUUCUCCGUCUCGUCCCCGGCCUCUUCGGUGAUCGCAGGUGCCGGAGUCUGAGGUGGAUCAGCGGAGGGAAUGGGCGUUCCUGCGGCGAUGAUCUGGUGAUGGCGGGAGAUGGAUGGAGCACGAGGGCACCCGCCAGGACCGUGACGGAGGGGCCGUCGUUGUCGUCGCAGCCCGGAACUGAUGAAGAAGCAAUGUGGAAAAGGAUGAGAGAAAGUGAUUCCAUGGAAACUGGACCCUAUCCUGAACGGCCAGGAGAGCCAGACUGUGCUUAUUACAUCAGGACUGGCCUUUGCAGAUUUGGGAGGACUUGCAAAUUUAAUCAUCCUCCUAACAGGAUGUUGGCUGUUGCUGCUGCUGCUGCAAGAAUCAGGGGAGGGUACCCUGAACGAGUUGGCCAACCUGAAUGUCAGUACUAUUUGAAGACAGGAACAUGCAAAUUUGGAGCUAUAUGCAAGUUCCAUCACCCCAAAGAGAAGGCUGGAAUUGCUGGACGAGUUCAGUUAAAUAUUUUAGGCUACCCAUUGCGACUGAAUGAGAAGGAUUGUGCAUAUUAUAUAAGAACCGGAGAGUGUAAGUUCGGGAGUACAUGUAAAUUUCACCAUCCACAGCCGUCUAAUGCAGUAGUUGCUCUACGUGGUUCUCCUGUUUAUCCUGCUGUACAUUCCCCAACAACUCCUGGUCAGCAAACUUAUCCUGCGGAGAUGACAAACUGGACCUUAUCAAGAUCUUCUUUUAUUCCUAGCCCUCGAUGGCAAGCUUCUUCAAGUUACGCUCAGUUGAUUCUUCCUCAGGGUGUGGUCCAAGUACCUGGCUGGACUUCUUACUCUGGACAGCUGGGUUCAUCUCCGGAAAGUCAGCGAACAACAGGAACUGCUCAGUUUUAUGGUCCCUCACAGCAAGGUGAGACAAGCAUUGGAGCUCAAGGGAAAUUUCCAUCUUACCGGCCAGGUUCUGCUCCUAUGGGACUGUAUGCAGUCCCAGGAGAGAACAUAUUUCCGGAGAGGCCUGGCCAACCUGAAUGCCAGUUCUACAUGAAGACUGGAGACUGUAAGUUUGGUGCCGUCUGCAAGUUCCAUCACCCCAAGGAGAGACUAGUUCCAGUUCCAAAUUGUGUCUUAAGUCCAUUGGGCCUUCCAUUACGUCCAGGAGAGCCCGUAUGUGUUUUUUAUUCUCGCUAUGGGAUCUGCAAAUUUGGUCCUAACUGCAAGUUCGACCAUCCCAUGGGUACUUUUGCAUAUGGUGUUUCAGCAUCCUCCGCCACCGGAGUUCCAACCGCUUGGCACCUACUGGGAUCCUCAUUGGAGCCUCCUACUCUGGCACCACCACCAUCCCAAGGGACCGCAAAUGGCAGCUCAGGAGCAUCAAGACGGAUAUCGAUAUCGGAAUCUCGGCACACAGCUGCUGGGGAUGAGAAUGAAGAGGCAGAGUCGUAGCCGGUUCCUGAACAAGCAUUUGCAGGCUCCUUUUUUUCUCAUUCAGCUACCCUGGAUAAGUCCGUAACAUCCAGCUUCCAUGGCUGGAGAUGUACAGUCCUUUUGUUGUCAGCUGAAAAUUUUUCACCCGAAGAUGUAUCCACUUGGUGGCAAACAAGAAUUGCCCUAUUUAAAUACGCCUCAUCUCAUAAGCUUCA